GGCACACCCUUGCGCCCUGGGUGCGUUGUCGAGGUGUCGGAACCCUGCCUUCUGCCGCCUUGCUCGCCAUGGCUUCCUCCCGGGUCCGGAUCGGGAGAUGGGUGGCAGCAGCCAGGGCGGCCCAGAGGCGCCCCCGUGUGGACAGCCUGGGACAGCCUCGGAUUCCCGAGUCCGCGAGCACGCGUGCCGCGCUUUACGUCCACUGGCCCUAUUGUGAGAAGCGCUGCAGCUACUGCAACUUCAAUAAGUACAUCCCCCGCGGCGUGGAGGAGGGGGCCAUGCGGAACUGCCUGGUGACGGAGGCACAGACGCUGCUGCGGCUCAGCGGGGUGCAAAGGGUAGAGUCUGUGUUCUUUGGUGGGGGAACCCCGAGUCUGGCCAGUCCUCACACUGUGGCUGCUGUCCUGGAGGCCGUGGCACAGGAAACCCAUUUGCCUGCGGAUUCGGAAGUCACAUUGGAGGCUAACCCCACUUCAGCCCCAGGUUCCAGGCUGGCAGCUUUUGGCGCAGCAGGAGUCAACAGGUUGUCCAUUGGUCUGCAGUCCCUGGAUGACACGGAGCUGCAGCUGUUGGGACGGACUCACUCGGCCAGCGACGGUUUGCAGACUCUGGCAGAAGCCAGGCGCCUAUUCCCUGGCAGAGUAUCGGUGGAUUUGAUGCUGGGGCUACCGGCACAAAAGGUGGAGGCGUGGCUUCGACAGCUCCAGAGACUGCUGUGCCACUGCGAUGACCACCUCUCCCUCUACCAGCUGACCCUGGAACGGGGCACUUCACUCUUUGCCCAGGUGCAGCAGGGCACCCUCCCAGCCCCUGACCCCGACCUGGCUGCUGAGAUGUACCAGGAGGGCAGGACGGUCCUUCGAGACGCUGGCUUUCGCCAGUAUGAAGUCUCCAACUUUGCACGGAACGGGGCGCUCAGUACCCACAACCGGACCUACUGGCAGUGCGGUCAGUACCUUGGCAUUGGGCCUGGAGCCCAUGGACGAUUUGUGUCCCAGGGAGCCGGAGGUCACACCCGGGAAGCACGGAUCCAGACGCUGGAACCAGACAACUGGAUGAAAGAGGUGAUGCUGUUUGGUCAUGGCACCCGGAAGUGUGUCCCCCUGAGCAAGCUGGAGGUGCUGGAGGAGGUUUUGGCUAUGGGGCUGCGCACUGAUGUGGGGGUCACUCAUCAGCACUGGCAGCAGUUCGAGCCCCAGCUGACCCUAUGGGACGUGUUCGGAGGAAGCAGGGAGGUGGAGGAGCUGCGAGCGCAGGGUCUGUUGCUGUUGGACCACAGGGGUCUCCGGUGUUCAUGGGAGGGGCUAGCUGUGCUGGACUCACUGCUGCUGAUCCUCUUGCCUCAACUCCAAGAAGCCUGGCAGCACAGGACUCCCUCACCUGUGUCAGGAGGAUGACCAGCUGCUUCUGCAUCACAGGGCAACAGCAGUUGGACUUCUAAGGUUGGGCCGGCAUGGCGGUCAUCUCUCCUCUGCCUGCUUUAAGGUGCCGGCCUCUCUGCUUUAAGUUGUUAUUGCUUGGCUCUGAUGUCCCGACGGGGAUGGCUACAGUGAACUGGGAGAAAGUGCAUCUCUGGUCCUGGAGUUGGUACCCACCAACAUCUCAGGGGCCACAGAACAGCCUGUGUUCCCAUGUGAGCCUAGGAGGUACUCGUCACACACUGGCUUUUGUUGGUCCUUUUGGACACUAAAUAACAAGCAAUAUUUGGAAGUUAUUCUGCAGGGAAUUGUGUCUGUUGGAGAAGUCUCCCUCAUUCUGGAGUAAAGCCCCGAGUUGGCGUGUAUGAUUCAGUAGAACUAAAUCCCCUCCAGGUAUCUUAAACAAGGGAAAAAAACGUAAGAGUGGGAUAUUUACAGAAUCAUUUGAGAGGCUGGAGAGAUGGUCCAGUAGUUAGAGCACUGCUCUUCCAGAGGACCAGGGUUCAGUUCCCAGCAGCCAUGCGGUGGCUCACAACCAUCUGUGACGCCCAUUCUAGGGGACCAGGAACCCUCUUCUGACCUCUGCAGAUACCAGGCACAUAUGUGGUACAUGGACACUCAUUCAGGCAAAACACUCAUGCAUAAAAUAAAAAUAAAUCUUUUAUUAAAAAGCAUAUUUGAGGUUUGUAGUCAAGGCAAUUUGUUGUACAGAAUGGGUCCCACACUCUGGGUUUAUCUGAUUAUCUGAUUGUUUUCUUUCUCAAGACAAGGUUUCUCUGUGCUAUAGUCCUGAUUGUCCUAGAACUCCUUUUGUAGACCAGGCUGGCCUCAGACUCACUGAACUCAAGUGCUGGGAUUGCCAUUUCCCCACAGCAAAGAACUUUCCUUUGUUAUCGAUGUAAUGUUAGGGUCAAACCUGUGGCCUUGCUCAAGUCGGACAACUGUUCUCUUGCUGAACAAGCCAGAGUUUCUUUUCUUUCUUUUGUUUUCUUUUCUUUUCUUUCUUUUUUUUUUAAUUGAGCGACCCUCAGUGUUAGAAUCCAGACCAGAGUGCUGCUCAGGCCAUGCCCACCUGCAGCAACCUCCUCGGUCUAUGCUAGAAAUGAAGAAAUGCCAGGCUGUGAAUCCCUAGCUCCUACCGGGCUCCUCGGUGCCCCACCCUUUAGCCCCCAGGUUGUCAUACUCCCUGGACAUGGGAGGGCUGUCAUAAUGGGUUUGCCUCAACUAGAUGCUCCCCUCCUCUUCAAAGUGGCUUAUUCCUUGCUGGCGAUGCAAACACCCUCCCUCUUUUUCCCUACUGCCUGCAGGGGAGUCAGAGACAACCCUGAAGAAGGGGAAAUCUCCCCCUUCCUCCAAAGCCUAUAUGGAAGGGACCCCCCCCCCGCCAACUUUGCCUUGUAGAACUUGAAUUAUCAUCAGAGCCCUGGCCAUG